UGCAGCACAGAACAAAUGAUUCACACAGUUAUGUGUUUGCAUCUGUUUUAUUAGUGGGUUUUUAUGUACAAUAAGGGAAGCAGCAUAAAGACAGGAGGACUGACUUCAAGAACAUGUGAAAAAAGAGGCUUUUAUAUUCAGUUGGGAAGGGAAAGUUGAAAUAAGGUUGCUGGUUAUAGAUGCACACACGGGUAAGUGCACAAACGCACACAAACACAUAGGACAUCACAGAGGCCUCUCACACACAUGCACAUGUGAACAGAGACACACAAAACUGCCCAGUCCAAACACUCGCACAUGGACCCACCCCAAGAACACAGGCACAGGGAGACGCAGGGACACACACAUGCAGUCACCACAUGCGGACACGCACAGACACCACCACAGACACCUUCCCCCAGACCCUCAGACACGGAUCCUUCUCUCUCUAUAGCUCGAGCCACCAACGUGGGGCGGGAGUGCUGCCUGGAGUACUUCAAGGGAGCCAUUCCCAGCAAAAAGCUGGUGCACUGGUACAGGACCUCGUCCGAGUGUCCCAGGGACGCCAUUGUGUUUGUGACUGUCAGGGCCAGGCUCAUCUGCUCGGACCCUGAGAACUGGCUCGUGAAGAAGGCAGUUAGAUACUUGGACAGCCUCAAGAAGUCACACAGGACCACCACCCAGGACUGAUUUUUUUCCCUGGACCAUUCAGAGACUUCCAGCAUCAGUGCUUAGGACCCCAUCCCUGAACUGCCUGAGGAGCCACAGUGAGGGAGACCUGUCCCCUUCCCGAACUAAAUCCAGGGGCACAGAUGAGCCCAGAUUAAACAGCCUUUCCCCCUCAUCUGGGUCAGCGUGUUCUGUUCCCACAGGGCCGGACACCCGUCUCCUCUGGGCUGUCACACUGCAGGGUCCUCAGAGAACAUCUGGUCCUGGCCUGUCCAGGUCAGAAGGGAAACUGAGGCUGGAGGGACGUGGCUGCUGCAGACCAUGCACAAGUGAGGGGAGGACCUGGCGGGAGGGUGGGGCUGAGCAGGGCAGGGUGGACAGAGGCUCAGCAGCCCUCAGGCUGACCCUCCCCUGCUGGACCCCCUGGAUUUCUCUGUCCCAGGGUUGCUCCCUAGACCAGCCCUGUUCUCACCUGAUGCAGACCUGGGAACAUGGUUCCCUUUAUGCUUUGGAUUCAACUGUACAAGUGUUCCCAGGACCCUUCAAGUGCUGGGCAGUUUCCUGGCUGGAAUGGGGUUAGGGAGGUGUCCUGCAGCACCAGCCCCGUCUCCCCCUCCCCAGUCCCUCAGCACUCACUGCAGUCCAGCUGACUCCAGAAAAAUCUCUGGGGC